AUGCGAUUACUCUCAAAAUGCCUACCAAAUAUUAUCAUAAAUCCCACGAAAUAUUCAUUCGAUUCUUGGGGACAUUUUCAAGAUCGAGCACAUUUUGAUUGUCUCAAAAUGAUUUCGAAUCGCAAUUGGAUGCAUGUUUUACUCCUACAGGUUCAUAAGAAAUUUUUUUUUUUUUUUUUUUUUUUUGACAAAGUUUUUUUCAGAACAAUGACAUAGUUCUUAAAUCCACUGAACAAUUAUCGGAUCUUAGUGAAAUGUUGAAUUAUACAAGUAUUAUGGGCAUGGAAUAUGGAAUUCAGGGAAGAUAUAAAGAGAAUGCGAAUUGGACACCAGCUGCUUUGAAACUUUUUAAAAAUGGUGAGCAUAGCCGAGUGGUAUACACGGCUGCCUAUGGCUUGCGAAACCAGGGUUCGACCCCCACCCCCAAAGUCAACUUUUUUUUGCAGAAAAAGAAGUGUCGAAUGAAAUUUUACAUACACCUUUGAAAAUUCGCAAAGGACUUAAUCAAGUAUUUUUGUCCAAAAUAUUUGUUGAUUCAAUUUUCGAUAAAUUAAAUUUGCAAUCAAUUUUGGAUUUAUUCGAUAAUAAUUUGAUGUAUGGAGUUGAUGAGAUGUUAAUUCAAACGUUGUUUGGAAAUUCAUUGGGACUUGCGGGACAAAUGACAUCAAAUUGCAUGCAAUCUGACGAUUUGACAAGAAAAACUGAUUGGAAUUUUAGUGGACCAGAUGGAUAUGAUAAAAGUUGUAGAUCAAAAUGGAAAAGGCAUGGAAUAUGUAUUAUUGGGGUUGAAUAUUUGAACGAAUUUGCAGCAAAUACUAAUCAUAUUAUAGGUAAAAAAUGUUGAUAUUCUGAAGUUAAAAUAUGUAUUUUGCAGCAAACAAAGUUCUUGAAAAUUUUGAUUUUGGUCCAAUAAUUUGUUUGCGUCAAAUGAUUCGAGAUGGGAAGACAAGGGGAAUUCCGGAGGAUGCAUUAAAUUCGUUAGCACAAUAUCGAGAAAUGAAAUUGAAGCGAAAUGGGACUUAUAUUAAAGAAAGUUUUGUUUGUUAG